GGAUAGUCAUCCAUCAGGAUUUCAAUAGCUCAAGCAUGGGCAAUGACAUUGCUUUGAUCUUGCUGGACUCUCCCAUAAAGUUCAGUGAAGGCAUGUUCAUUUCUUUGCCCUUGAUGCACGAUCUCCACGUAUGGAAAGACUGCUGUGUUACCAGAUGGAGCCCCAGCAUGGCCGGCGGCCAGAAGAGGCCAUUCAGUAAGCUGGAGAAAAUGGGAACUACUCUGAUCAGCAGACAGCAGUGCUCCGAGAGAGUCCAGGGGCUAACAGAGGAUGUGCUGUGUGCUGUCUCUGAGGAAGGCAAGAAGGACAGCUGUGAGGGUAACAGUGGGGGCCCUUUGAUUUGCACCUACGGAGACAUCUCCGGGAAGUGGUUUGUGAUCGGAAUAGCCAGCUGGGGGGACAGCUGCAGAGGAGAGGAGGGUCCUGCAGUCUACACUCUUGUCUUCAGCCACCUUGACUGGAUCCAGACUGCAACUGCUAGAGAAGGGAAGCCAUUUAUACCCAAAGGCACGGACAUCAUUGGCGCUUCACCUCACUCAGGAGUGGUCGAGAGUCAUUUUGCUUUUGAUUCUCCCCUCGGUCUCCUUGUCUGUUUGAUACUGAUGGUUUAUGAAUCCUACUAAAAUCGGCCCAUUCAUUCAUUCAUUCAUUCAUUCAUUCAUUCAUUCAUUCAUUCAUUCAUUCAUUCAUUCAUUCAUUCAUUCAUUCAUUCAUUCAUUCAUUCAUUCAUUCAUUCAUUCAUUCAUUCAUUCAUUCAUUCAUUCAUUCAUUUUCUGCCUUUCUCGCUGAGGCUCAAGGCAGAUUACGCAGAGUAAGUUAAUACAGUCAACAGUAUGGGGCAUCCAAUAGAACCAAUUCAACAGGAUUUGUAUAAUAGAAAUCUGGGACAAGCCAGAAAUCUGAAAACCUGAAGGAAAGCAUAAGUAUUAACCUGAUGCAUUAAGCAAUGCAACGAUUACACCAUAGGAUCAACAUACAGCAAUGUACAGCAUGAGUUAUUCAGAGUAGUAUAGAACCGUCACCAUCCCUUCACGAAAACACCGUUCUCAGGCAUUUCACUGUAGUAUAGUCCUAUCUGUGUUAUAAAAAUCACCUCUUGAAUAAUUCAGUUUUUCAUAGAAGAAGAGAAGUGUUUGGAUUUAUAUCUCGCUUUUUUCAACCGUAAGGAGUUGUGAAGUGGCUUCCAUACUCCGUCCCUUCCCUUCCUAGGUGGGGCUGAGAGAAUUCUGUGAGAACUGUGACUGACCCAAGGUCACUGAGUAGGCUUCAUGUGGAGAAGUGAGGAAGCAAACCAGGUUCACCAGAUAAGAGUCUACCGCUCAAGUGCAGGAGUGGACGAUCAAAUCUGGUUCUUUUGAUUAGAUUCCACAUACUCUUAACCACUACACUAUGUUGGCUCUCUAAUAUGAGAAUGCGAGCCAUCCAGACAUCAAUUAGAUCCUUCCGUAAGGUCCAUAGCAGAGAACACGCGUGUAUGAGCAGUUUCUGAUUUUGCCUGUGUGCAGGCUGGCACCUGCAGAGGACCUUGCUCAGCUGAGUGAAGCUUUCAUGGCAGAACAUAGUGAAGAGGCAGUCCCACAGAUAUGAGGGACCAAGGCCACAAAGACUUUGUACCUGAUAGCCAGUUCCUUAAAAUGAAGAUGAAGAAGAAGAGUUUGGAUUUAUAUCCCCCGUUUCUCUCCUGCAGGAG